GAUGUUUGUGUCCAAUCUCUCAUACAAGAAACUGCAGCGAGUGUCUUUAUUACACUAUGUUAUGUCGGCUCCCAUUCUCCUCGUAAUCCAAGCAUUUUUGUCUUUUAUGUAGUUUCCCAACCUUUGAGUUGUCAUACGUGGUGCUUUCAAAAUGACAACGCUAUCUUUAUCAGAACAUUUGUUUCAGGCUAGGCUAUUUAGGGGGAUAGUUUGUCGUCCACCGUUCUGCAUCAACUGUUUAUUUAAAUAUCUCCUCUGAAUCUAAAGGUCAGAAUAGACCCUUUUCACGUUCGGUUAAAUCAGAAUAGUUACCGAGUUACUUCCCUUGUCGAAAAAAUCAAGAACGAGGCUCUGGAUGUAAACAGUCAAAACCAGGAAGUGAGAAAAAAAGAUACGUUUUUCGUCGUUUUUGAAGAGUGUUGAAAAUGACUGAGCCACAAAGACCCAACAGCUCAAGAGGACAGCAGUGUGUAGUAUGUGGAUGUUAUAAUUUCCAGUUACUUGCUGAUGGUUCUAAGUCGGAUAUUCAUUUCUUCUCAGUUACCCAAUCUGUGUUGGUAGACAAACGUAAAAGGGACAGGUGGUGUUGUCUAAUUAAACGUCAACAUGGUCGUGAUGGAUUUGAAAUGUCAAAAAACACUAGAAUUUGUCAUCAGCACUUUCUGAAAGACCAGAUUAAGGUAUCGCUUGUCAAUAAGAUAUGGACUCUUAAACAAGGUGUAGAACCAUGUGUGUUCAGUUGGAACAAAGCCCCAGUUGGUCAAAGAAAAGCACCCACACAAAGGAUUCCACUAAGUACACUCAGUAUGGAUUCCGAGAACCUGACAGAACCUGGUGACGGGAUUGAUGAUGAGAAGCCAAACCGAGGCUAAGAAAUGGUGACCAGCCAAUGUACGCAGACAAAGGUUUCCACGAAGGAAAUGGGCACACAGACGUCCUGGGAGCAUGUUUACGAAAAUAAACUAAAAGAUGAACAUUGUUACAGUUUCUAUAAAUUUGAAGAUGCUGUGAAGGACAUCGGUUCAAAUGACACUUUAAGGCAUCAGAUUGAGACACUAGAAGAAGAUCUUAAAAAGGCAAAAUCCAAAAUUUCAGAACUUAAGGCAAUGAUCAAUUUUUUUGAAGAAAACAGAUUCAGCAUUGAAAAGAUUAGACAUGGCAAUGAUGCCAUGUCUUUUUAUACUGGCUUUCAAACUUAUGGUGUUUUUAUAGCAGUGUAUGAAUAUCUUGAAAAUAAAGCAGCCCGUCUCCAAUAUUGGAGAGGGCAGAGUGAACAGACUGACAACAAACAGUACCAGAUUCAAGGGGGAAAGCCAGGCAAGAAGAGGAAACUAUCAUUAAAAGAUGAAUUUUUCAUGGUUUUGAUUAGACUCAAAGUUGGACAUUUUGUGAAAGAUAUUGCUGAUAGAUUUGAAAUUUCAGUAUCUCAGUUUUCAAAGAUUUUCACUACUUGGAUAAAUUUCUUACAUCAUGAGCUACCUUUACUGUUUCCAUUUCCAUCACAGGAAAAGAUCAGACAAAAUAUGCCAGAUUCAUUUAAGCAAUAUCCUACAACAAGGAUCAUUUUAGACUGUACAGAGGUGUUUGUAGAAAUCCCUAGUUCCAUGACAAGUCAGUCUCAAACAUGAUCAAAUUACAAGCACCACAACACAUUUAAGGUGUUAGUUGGCGUCUCGCCUAACGGCACUGUGACUUUCGUCUCAGAUUUGUGGGGAGGUAGGGUGUCAGAUAAGGAAAUCACAAAACGUAGCGGGGUGUUAGAUUUGCUAGAUAGUGCUGAUAAUGUAAUGGCAGAUAAAG